ACCAAACAUAAGAUUGAGAUCCUGCCUGGCUCGGUCCCUCCCAAGGGCCGGGUCUACAGGAUGUCUCCUGCUGAACUUGAAGAGCUAAGGAAACAGUUAGAGACCCUGACCAGCAAGGGUUGGAUCAGACCUAGCACAUCUGAGUUUGGGGCACCUUUCCUCUUUGUUCCAAAGGGGAAUGGUGAGUUCAGGAUGUGUGUGGACUAUCGGGGUGUCAACAAGAUCACGAGGAAGUCUACAGAGCCUCUUCCUCGUAUUGAUGACCUGUUGGAUAUGGUGCAGGGCUGUACUAUUUUCAGCAAGAUCGACCUCAAAUCUGGCUUCCACCAGAUUGAGAUGGUUGAAGGCGAUGUCUACAAGACAACCUUCAAAACCAGGUAUGGGACUUACGAGUACCUGGUUAUGCCAUUCGGUCUUUGCAAUGUGCCAGGCACCUUCCAAACAGAGAUGCAUCGCAUACUGAGGCCUUACCUGGACAAGUUCGUAGUUGUCUACCUUGGUGGCAUCUUGGUAUUCAGCCGUUCUGUCCAGGAGCAUGCGCAGCAUCUGGCUCUGGUCCUCCAGGCCUUGCGUGCUAACCGGUAUAAGAUUAACAGAGAGAAGUCCUCCUUUGGGGUUCCCUCUGUAAUCUAUCUGGGGCAUGUGAUUUAUGGAGAAGGGUUGGCUCCUGAGGCAACGAAAGUUGCUGCAGUUCAGGACUGGCCGCGACCUGCUAACAUUCGUGAUGUCCGGUCUUUCUUGGGGCUUGCAUCCUAUUACAUGAAGUUCAUCAAGAACUUCUCAGCGAUUGCAGCUCCCCUGACUGAUCUUACAAAGAAAGACACUUCCUUUUUUUGGACGUCAGAAUGUCAGGAGGCCUUUACACGUCUCAAGGAGGCCUUGAUUCGUGCCCCUGUCCUGAAGCUACCUGACCCUACCUUGCCUUGUGUACUGACUACUGAUGCUAGCCAGUAUGGUGUAGGGGCGGUACUUCAGCAGGAUGAUGGGAAUGGUCUGCAGCCUAUUGAGUAUAUGAGCAAGAAGAUCAAGACCAAGAAGUUGCAGGACUCUACCUAUGAGAAGGAGCUCUAUGCGCUUGUGUCAGCGCUCAAGCAUUGGAAGCACUUUCUCCUGGGCAGACACUUCAAGAUCUUUUCAGAUCACUCCACCCUUCAGUGGAUGAAGUCUCAGGGAGAGUUGAAUGAUAAGCUUGCUCGCUAUAUUCAGUUCAUUGACAUGUUUGACUUUGAACUGAGACACAAGAAGGGUUGCUACAAUCGAGUAGCAGAUGCCCUUUCUCGUAGGUCUGACGCUCUCUUUCUGAUCUCCUUUACUCACUCGUUUGGAGAGAGGACACGUCAGACCAUUGCCCAGUUGCUGCCCCAGGAUGAGAUCUUUGGGCCUAUUGUGAGGAAUCUCCAGGACGAUCCUGCCUCUGAACCAGGAUACUCUCUGGUCUCAGGCCUGCUGUACACGUGCAGCAGAGGCGAGGAGUGYCUGUGCAUUCCCCARGACCGCAAGCUGAGGACMCUYCUGAUGUCAGAGUGUCAUGACGCUCGUGGUCACUUUGGUGCCCUCAAAUCUUAUGCAGCCCUGUCGCAGCGCUUCUUCUGGAAGGAGAUGAGGAGUGACAUGCUGCACUAGGUGGAAACCUGUGAGUUGUGCCAAAGGAACAAGGUGGUACGCCGACCUCCCCUUGGCUUGCUCAAACCCCUACCUAUCCCUGAUGCUCCUUCACGGUCAGUUUCUAUUGAUUUCACUGACUUGGGUAAGACUACACCACGAGGUAUGCGUCAGGUUAUGGUCUGUGUGGAUCGGUUUUCCAAAUAUGCAGAGUUCAUCCCCUUACCAGCUGAGGCUCGUGUGCCAACCGUUCAGGCGGCGUUUGGUGACCGGUGGGUUACACAUCAUGGACCACCCACUUCCAUUGUCAGUGACAGAGAUUCCCGUUUUUGCAGCAAUGAAUGGCAAUCCUACUG